AUGGCCAAAGCUUUAGCCUCGGAAGUACCGUCCAGGAGGUAUGUUCAGGAUCUCAACCACCGCGCGUGGGUUCUUCAAGACCAGACCCUCAUGAUAGUCCCAAGGAAGGAACGGAUGGUUCCAAUCACUGUCACCUUGAUGCCAUGCAGACACCUGGAGACCCUUGAGAAGGACAGAGGGAAACCCAUGUACCUAGGACUGUUGGAGCCCAAUUGCUGCCUGUUUUGUAAAAAGGAUGGGGAGCAACCAGUGUUGCAGCUUGAGGAAAGAAGCAUAAUAGAUCUGCAUGCCUUCAGUGAGCCUGUGAAGCCCUUUCUCUUCUAUCACAGUGAGACCGGCAGGACCUCGACCUUCGAGUCUGUGGCCUUCCCUGGCUGGUUCAUUGCCGUCUGCUCCAAAGGAGACUGUCCACUCUUUAUGACCCAGGAACUGGGAAAAACCUACAUCACCGACUUUGAGUUGAUUAGACAGAAUUGA